GCCUUGGCAGUGGGUGUUAAACAGCCUUUACCCGCUUUAGCAGGGGCAGUAGAAGCAGCGCAGCGUCGAUCGGCGGAGACGCGGUGCGAAUUUCCAUACCCUUGUCCCAAAAGCCGACGGGCUGAAGAUGACUCCCCGGACGCUAGCGGCCAGGCUGCCGGGGAGCGCUGUCAGGGAGCUGCUCCGGCUCCGGAGCUGGGGAGAGCCUCCUCCCCUCGGCAGGCUGCUGGACGGCCAGCUCUCCCGGUCCCAUUCGGUGUGCGGAGCGAGCUGGCAGCAGCGCUGGCAGGGGCGCCGCAUCGUCGCAACAGCGGCGCAGAGGAUAUGGGCGCAGCCGGCGGCUCCUUACACCAGCAGCCUCGGGGACAUGAAGAGCUACUUGUGGGAAAUGUACAACGAGACCAAGAAAGUCAGUGAAGAACUGAUCUUUCCAGGAAGAUCGCAUUUUCUUAAUCCAGACGGAAUAUUUGCCAACAAUGAGGUCUGUCUCUCAGACAUUGAAAUUUAUGGCUUUGACUAUGACUAUACGUUAGCCUUUUACUCCAGCAACUUACACACUCUGAUCUUCAAUGCUGCACGGGAAAUCCUCAUUCAGCAGCAUAAGUACCCAGAAGAUCUGAGGAACUAUGAUUACAACCCCAACUUUGUGAUUCGUGGACUCCAUUAUGAUGUACAAAAGGGGAUGGUGAUGAAGAUUGAUGCCUUUCAUUACAUUCAGUUAGGAACCAUAUACAGGGGACUAAGUCCAGUUCCAGAUGAACAAGUUAUCGAAAUGUAUGAAGGAACCCAUGUUCCUUUGGAGCAUAUGAGUGACUUUUAUGGCAAGAGUUCACAUGGCUUUACAAUGAAGCAAUUCAUGGACAUUUUCUCAUUACCAGAACUGACGCUGCUUUCCUGUGUCAAUGACUAUUUCAUCAAGCAGAACAUUGACUUUGAGCCAGUUUACCUUUAUAAGGAUGUUAAGGAGGUGAUCCGAGAUGUCCAUGUGAAAGGAAUAUUGUAUGGAGCAGUUGAACAAGACAUUGAAAAAUACAUAUCUCAUGAGGAGAAAACAAGUGCUGUGUUGGAAAGAUUGAUUGACAAUGGCAAGAAACUUUUCCUUAUUACAAACAGCCCAUUUAGCUUUGUUGACAAAGGAAUGCAGUACAUGGUUGGCAAGGAUUGGCGUGACCUAUUUGACAUCAUCAUUGUACAGGCUGAGAAACCAGCAUUCUUCAAUGAUAACCGAAGGCCAUUCAGGAGAGUAAAUCAGAGAGAUAAAUUGCACUGGGACAAAAUCAGCAAAUUGGAGAAAGGUCAGAUCUACAAACAGGGCAACCUGUAUGAAUUUUUAAAGCUCACUGGCUGGACUGGCUCGAAAGUGCUUUAUUUCGGGGAUCACAUUUACAGUGAUCUAGCUGAUCUGACUCUGAAGCAUGGUUGGAGGACAGGUGCGAUUAUUCCAGAGCUACGGUCAGAGAUUAAAACCAUGAAUACAGAGCAGUACAGUCAGGUGGUUGUGUGGCUGCAGGGUCUCACUGGGCUACUUGAACGCAUGCAGAUUUAUGAAGACGCAGAGUCCCGGAUGGUGCUACAAGAAUGGAUCAAAGAGAGAAACGAGUUAAGGGAACUGACCAAGACCAUCUUUAACCCACAGUUUGGGAGCAUUUUCCGAACCCAUCACAACCCCACCUAUUUCUCGCGACGUCUCUCGCGCUUUGCUGAUAUUUACAUGGCGACCUUGAGCUGCAUCUUGAACUACAAUCUGCACAACACGUUCUACCCUCGGAGGACGCCACUGCAGCAUGAAGCCUUGCUCUGGUCAGAUCAGAUCUGCGGCAGCCCAUCCAAACACUCCUACAUUGAAGGGCAGGCUCAGAUUAAAUGAAAAUGCUGAAGCGUUUUUCUAACCGAUUCAAGUUCAUCGGUCCAACAAAAACAGUUCAGAACUUUUUGCUUUGAUUGUUUUGUAAGUCUUUUAUUGUAUCUGGGCUUUCAGUGGCUGUUGUGGCAAGCUACGGUUGAACAUUGCUUGAGUGCAUGAUCAGCUAAAUUUUUCUGUCUUCUUCCACUGUAAGGGUGGAAAGUUGCUACCAAAAUCUCUGUGGUUUGGGCUGCUUGGGUAAUGGGUUGGUUUGUCCCGUUGCCCAGGUCUAUGUAUUUGCAUGUCCUCCUGGUGGGAAUGGAAGUGCUCACAGCCCUUAACCUUUGUUGGGCUGAGUCACAGGCAAAGGCUGUCUGAUAAAUCAUCUUUUCAAGAGAGGGAUUUGGAAGCAAAAGUGUCCUGGGCUCACUUGACCCAGGACAGAGAUCCCCUCCCACUGUGCUGGACUUACUCAUAGAGCAGGGUCAUCCAUGUUAGUGUGAAGAAUUGAGGUCACUUAAUAUGUACAGAUAGCAGGUGUGCUUUGGUGGAGAACUAAUUAUAUAAACACAGUGUAUAUAGAGACUGACUUGAGGACAGUUCACGCACGACAUCCACUUUCAAUAUUGACUCUGAAGUGUGCUAGUCACAUGAGUAAGUGCAAUGUUGGCAAAUCCCUCAUAACGACAUCUUUGCCAACUUCUAGUUAGACAGCACCGGUGGAGUCAUUCCUGUUACGUAAAUGUAAGUUUUGUAUGACAUUGUUGGCUAGAUUUGUUGCAUAAGUCAUAGGCUUUUUUAUAUGUACGUAGGGGGAUGGUGGUCUAGUGGUAAUAUCACUGACUAGUAAUUCAGAGACCCAGGCCAAUGCUCUGAGGACAUCAUGGUAGGUGGUGGAACUUCAAUUCAAAUUAAUAAUCUGAAAUUGAAAGCGAGUCUCAGUUUCUUGGUUGCCAUUACUAUCAUCGAUUGUUAUUAAAAAUCCAUCUCGUUCACUAAUGUCCCUUUAGGGAAGAUAAUCUGCCGUCCUUACCCGGUCUGGCCUACAUGUGACUCCAGAUCCACAGCAAUGUGGGUGACUCUUAAAUGUCCUCUGAAGGUCACUCAGUCAUGGGUAAUUAGGGAUGGGCAAUAAAUACUGGUCUUGCCAGUGAUGCCCACAUCCCUUGCAAGAAUAAAGGGAAAAAAAAAUGCUCUUUAAGUUCCUGAAGCAAAUGCAUAAAAGAACAAUUGGCAUCCAAGACGAUAGACUGAACACUAUUGGGAAAGUUGAUUGAAAACAUAAUCCAAGUGAACAGGGAAGUCAUAAGGUGAAGAUGGUUGGGGAGGGGAGGAUCCAGACAUUAAAAGCUGUGCCACUAAGUGAGGCUUGCUGGGAGGGUGACGGGAUACACAGUAAGUUAGGGUCACAGAUGGAGGACUGGCAUAAAACCCAUUAACAAAAUGGCAUUAGUCAGUGUGAGACUUUGUGUUUGGUCAUUCUGUGCCUGAUUGUUGGGAAAUAUCUCACAGAUUUUCUAUCAUGGCUCCUUAUUCAGUAUAAAGUGUGUAAACUGCCAUUUGGCAUGAGUGUGCUUGCAUCCUACUUGCCUUUUUUUCUACAUAGCCUCAAACAAUUUUUCUCUCAGCUGAAUUUUUUCCCUUUGAGAAGUCCAGCAUAUCAAAUGGAACGUUAAAACAAAUUGGUCAACACUUAAUAGUUAGCUUGUUACUAUUUAUUGCAAAGUGAAUUAUCCCUUUCGUGCCAAGCUUCAUGACACGCGCAGUAUUCCUUCAGAAAUACACUUGAGCUCACUGGUCAUGUUAUGUUACAAAAUUUUUUGUUUACAGUGUUACUCAUCUGAAGUAAAUUUUACAAUAUAACAGUAGCAUUAAUAUCUAUCUUCCAAAGAAAUGCUUUGAGGAAUAGCAGAUGUAAACCUCCAGACCUAAAAUCUGACUGGUUGCAAUUUCGUGGAAUUGUUCAGCACGAGGAGGAGGCCAUUUGGCUUACUGUACAGCUCUCUGAACAAAUUAGGCCCACUCCCUUGCUCUUUGAGGGAAAUUUUACAUUUUCAAGUAUAUUUUGUGAAUGUACUUUCCAAGUAUGUUUUGCCUUUUCAAGCAUAUAUCCAAUUCCCUUUUUAAUGUCACUCAUGAAUCUGCUGCCAUCACCCUUCCAAGCAGUGCAUUCCAAACCAUAACAAUUUGUGGCAUAUUUUAAAACAAAAACUCCUCAUCUCCCCUCUGGCUAUUUUGCCAAUUAUCUCAGAUCUGUGUCCUCCAAUAUGUGAGCUUCCUGCCAGAGGAACUUUAUCAAAACCCCUAAUAAUUUUGAUCACCUCCUAUUAAAUCUCUUCUGAACCUCCUCUGCCCUAGGAAGAACAUUUCCAGCUUCUCCAGUCUCACCACGUGACUAAACACUCCACCAGUGUCGAAAAUUAUCAGCUGUUCACCCAUACGUACAUCUUCUCCCCAACCAGUGGGAUAUCGCUGUUCCUCCUUCAACCAGACUUGUGUUGUCUUGUGUGUUGAAUUAAUGAUAGUUUUGUCCUCCGGCGUUUCACCCUCCAGGAACUGGGCUGAGGGAAGGGACUUCCAUUCUAAUUGUUCAGGCUGGACCUGAAUUGGAGUGCCAAAGGGUUUUAACCAAUUCUAUCGACAUGUCUUUUGGUACUGCAUUAAAUGCUUUAGAAGUGUUAAAUCCUUCCGUGCCCAGUGGGCAUUGCAGGGACUGGAGUGUAUAGUUGAUAGGAGAAAUAAUCUUCUUUAAUUUGGCACAUUUUCUUUGUUUCAUGUGAUUUGGAUGUUUGUGGUUUGCUUCUGUCUGAAACUUUUGAUCGUUUAUUUUGUUUGAUACUGGGUUGGUUCAAUUAAAAAACAGGAAGUGUUUAUAGAUGAGUUGGGGUGGGGGUGAGUGGGGGUUGGGUGGGUUUUUAAAUGCCCUAUGCCUCCAAUGGGACCUUCCAUUCAGCAGGCAGUCUUCAUCCGUUAAUGUCUCUGGACGGAGAGCUUCUAUUUUAUAAUGAACUGCAUGUAUGUCCUUAGAAAACUCCCCCUGUGAUUUUGAACUGUAUCACUAUUGCAGUUUGGGGAGUUCAGGGAAAUUUCAUCUUGCAUAUAUACUACAGAUUUGAAAUCUUCCCACAACCUAAUUCCCAAUUGAAAUGAAAAUCCAUUUCGAUAAUGAGUGGUCUUAAAUGAUGGUUCUAUAAUUUAGUGAAUGGAAUAAUUGGAUAUGUUUAAUUUUCAGCGCCUCACGUACGUUCUGAUCAAGAUGAUCUUGGCUUGACAUUUUGAAGGACUUUAAUUGUGCUGUUUUCUAAAUUGUAGGAUGAAAAUCAAAUUAUUCAAUACUAAAAUGGUUUUAAUCGUGUCUCUAUUUUUGUAAUUGUAUAGGUGUGCUUUAUGAAAAAUGUUAUAUAAUUUGAGACAAUCACAGCUACUGUCUUUGUAAUUCACACUGAGGUACAAAUUAUUCCAAUUACUAAAGAAACUUAGAAUUUCUGUUCAGAAUUUAAGCAGAAGUUAUGCAAUGAAAUGUAAGAAGCUACACUUAGUAUUUUUUGUUUAUCUUUUUAAAUGCCAUGCAAAUCAAUUAUGCUUCUCUGCAUCAAAGGGUUAAUUGCAGAUAAUUAAAAGACCUCUUUUAUUCCUUUUUCAAAAUGCUUCUCUGCAAUUUUCAUGGCAGUAAAAGGUUGCACUAUUUCAAAUACAUGAGAACAAGUGUAGUUUCAGUGUGCUCCUGACUUUGCUGUAGAAAGGAGUUCUGUAAACCAUGAAGCCCAAUUGUUUGUAGUUUGGUGUCUGUCCCAAUAAUGUAAGUUGUUACAAUAUAUUUGAAGUGUAUUUUUUCUGUAUGCUGUGCCAGUAAUAAAGGAAAUGCAUGAGGACCAGAA